AGAGAGAAAGGAAGACACUCAAAACUUUUCCCAAAGCGUUUUUCCCACUCGUAAACAAAACAAAAGAUUGUUCGGAAGGACUUAUAAAGAGUCGCCACAGAGUGUCCAAGUAUGUGACCCGUGUCUUCACAUCGUGGAGUCGAGUUCAGCCUCCCUGGAGAAAAUAUUUACUUAAGACAUGAGCAUCAAGCUGCAGGACCUGGGGGUGUAAGAGGCGAACGCCAUGGCGAUGCAGUUUACUAUCGAUGAUGCCUUUGUAUUGGAGGGAGAUGAGGAGGGAGCUGUUUCUGAUGGAGAGACAGAGGGAUGGAAGGGCAGAGACAAGGACAGGGAAGGAGGAGAGAUGACAUUCGGCCCCCUAACUUUCUCCAAACCUCAGACUCAUCCCUCACCAGCUGCCCCCGCUGGGGCCUCUCUAGAUCACAGUAACCUAAAGUACCAGAAUCUGGAAAAUGAAGAUGCCUUUGGCAACAAUGGCAAUUCCUCUUUCAAUAACUUUUUCAAAAUCAGUGAUCCUGCAACCCUUUCUUACUGCAGCUCCCAGUGGUCCUUCAGCACCUUGAGUUCUGUCACACAGCUGUCUGCACAGUGCUGUGGGUGGGUGUCCCAUCCGCUGGUGAAGAAAAACAGAAAAGUCGUUCUGGCUUCAUUCCUUCUCCUCAUCACUGGAAUUGCUCUUAUUUUCACGGGUGUUAUCAUACAGCUGAAUCCAAAUGCAGGUGUUUCAAGCGCUAUUUUCUUUAUACCGGGAUUUCUUCUCUUCAUCCCUGGAGUGUACCAUGUGAUCUACAUCAGCUGUGCUGUCCGUGGAAGAAGAGGCUUCAAAUUGUUCUACCUACCUUAUUUUGAAAAAUGAUAUUUCAUGAAACUCUACAUUUUCACAUUACUUUGUUUGCCAUCUUGUGAAUGAAUUGUAUUUUGUCACUUUUGUCACAUUUGUACAUGUAUUGUCACAUGGUUGUUUUUUUCUUGUCAUUGUUAUGACCACUACUAAUUCAACCACUCAGUGCCUUGACUACAUGCUUCCACUACAUGAACUGACAUUGCUGUAUGUGGACACGAAAAAGAAGGAGAUUGGUCUUGCCUGUGUUUUAAAUGUUGUGUGAAUAAUGACUGUGAAAUAACAAUAAAACUUUUGUAUAUUUUA